GUUUUAUUUAUAUACAAAUACAUAGAUUAACUCCUUCUUUCAUUUAUUUAUUUAUUUAGCUUUAAAUACAUCAUCUAUAUAAAAAUGACUAUGGUGAACGAACAGUCAAUUCCAUCUCAAUCGAUUUUAUCUACUUCUGAUCCAUGUGGAGGGGAGACGUUUAAAUAUCAAGAUAAAUUACCAAAGUUACCUAUUCCUAGCUUGGAAUCUACAGCUCAAAAGUAUCUUCAAGCUUUAAAGCCUUUACAAACACAAGAAGAACAUGAGGCAACAAAGCAUGCUAUUCAAGAUUUCUUAAAUAAUGAAGGUCCAGAGCUUCAAACUAAACUUCAAACUUAUGCUACGGAUAAAUCCUCUUACAUUGAAGAAUUUUGGUAUGACUCUUAUCUUCAGUAUACGGAUUCAGUCGUCUUGAACCUAAAUCCCUUCUUUUUAUUAGAAGAUGAUCCGACACCAUUACGUAAUAACCAAAUUAUUCGAGCCUCUUCUUUAAUUUAUUCUACUUUAAACUUUAUCGAAACCCUUCGUACAAAGCAACUUGAGCCAGAUGUCUUUCGAGGAACCCCCUUAUGUAUGUCACAAUUCAGUCGUCUCUUCGCAACCGCUCGAGUUCCAACCUCCAAUGGUUGCUAUAUUUCACCCUCUCAUCGUUCAGGCCAUAUUGUUGUAUUGGCACAAUCCCAAUUUUAUCAUUUUCAAGUCUUUGAUCAUCAUGGAGAACUGGCUUUAACUGAAAAGGAAAUCUCGGCCAACCUACGUGCUAUCAUCAAGGACGCUGCCACGACGCCUGCUGUAUCGAUUGCUAAGAAUGCGAUGGGGGUCCUGACAACUGAAAAUCGUUUAAAUUGGGCUAAACUAAGAGAAGAAUUACAUACAAAUGAAAUCAAUAAGGAAGCAUUAGAUGUGAUUGAUACAGCUUUGUUUAUCGUUUGUUUAGAUCAUGUUGAGCCUGCUGACAUUAAUGAAUUAAGUGCAAAUAUGUUGUGUGGCACUUACAGGUUGGUAGAUGGUAUGCAAGUAGGAACAUGUACAAAUAGAUGGUAUGAUAAGCUUCAGAUUAUUGUAUGUAAAAAUGGUAGUGCUGGAAUUAAUUUUGAGCAUACAGGUGUGGAUGGUCACACUGUUCUCCGUUAUGUAUCUGAUAUUUAUACUGAAACAAUUUUACGUUUCGCAAAGACGAUUAACAGUCAAACAAAAUCCAUUUUUCAUUCCUAUAAAUCAAAUCAUGAUCAUCAUGAUCAUCCUGUUGAAAAAUUAAACAAGGUGGAUAUUAAUCCUCGUAAGAUUGAAUGGUAUUUAUCAGAUCAUCUUUAUUCAGGUAUUCGAUUUGCUGAAACACGUCUAAGUGAUUUAAUUCUUCAAAAUGAAGUAAAAGUACUUGAAUUUAACAAAUAUGGUAAAUACUUUAUUACGGAUAUGAAGAUGAGCCCCGACGCAUUCGUUCAGAUGGCUAUUCAAGCAGCUUAUUAUGGCCUUUAUGGUAAAAGUGAAUGCACUUAUGAACCUGCCAUGACGAAAACUUUCUUACAUGGUCGUACAGAGGCGAUCCGUACCGUCUCUGAUGCCUCUGUUCAUUUCGUUGAAACUUAUUAUAGUACAAGGACAACUGAUCAUGAAAAGUUGGAAGCACUUCGUGCUAGUCUAAAAUAUCAUAGCCAAUUAACAAAGGAGUGUUCUAUGGGGUUAGGUCAAGAUCGUCAUCUGUAUGCCCUUGAAUGCGUAUGGGAUCGACUUUAUUCUCAAGAUAUCAAUAAAAGGAAGCCCACGAUUUUUACAGAUCAUGGAUGGAAGACCCUGAAUCAUACUGUCAUAAGCACUUCCAAUUGCGGUAAUCCUGCUUUAAGAUUAUUUGGUUUUGGUCCUGUUGUUUCUGAUGGUUUUGGUAUUGGUUAUAUUAUUAAAGAAGAUGCUAUUACUUUUGUUGCUUCUUCUAAACAUAGACAAACUCAACGAUUUUUAGAUACACUCGAAGCCUAUUUGGUCAAUGUUCAAAAUUUAUUAUUAAAAGAACGAUAUCCUACAGGCGUCUCUCAACGUCAAAGGGUUUUAGCUAUGGAAGAAAACGAUUUCGAUAUUAAUGGAUAUAGUUAUUUCGAUAAUGGACAAGGCCAAGAAUCUGAUUAUUCAAGUAGUGUCGAGAGUUUAUCUCCAACUACUAGUCGUAAAAAAGUAGGAAAACGUCUUGUAUUACAUGCAACUGAUAAUUAAAAAAUAAAAUAAAAAUAAAAAGGAAAGAGAGAGAGAUAAAAGAAAGAAAG